UUAAAACCCCGAACCCCCGCCUCUCCACCACCUCCUCCUCCUACUGAUGUCAAACCAUUUUGCAUGCUGACUUCCGCCCCGCUUGGCUCUCCCUCCCUCGUCUGCAUCAGCCGGCGAGCAGCUAAUAUGACAGGGGGGGAUACAGUAUCACACCGAGCCGCGAGAAGCUGACUUAAAAACUUCAUUUAGAAAGUAGGCGGAUGUCGUGCUCGGUUGAUAUAGGUCGGAGAAGGAUUAGGCUCAACGGAGGACGACGCCAAUGCAUUUUUUGAUGCAAUGGGAUUUGCCACUUUCGUAUGAAGAGGCGGACCUAUGAGGCGCUGCGAGUUCAAUAUGCUGAAGCUGUCCCCGGUGUUUGUAUACUUCCUUUAAACAGUCAUCCCCUCUGCCGGUAGCACGGAUACGAAAGGCUAGAUUUUCACCUCAUUUUUCCACCAUGAGUUACAUCCACAAGGUAUUGAAUGUAUUGCUACGUGGACUCGUCAUCUAUGCGGUACUGGGCUUGGAGUGCACUUACUCGGAUGAUCUACCCAGCCAGCCAUCCGAUGCUGCAAAUGUAGCCACCACAGAUCCCUGUCUCAUAGUGAUGCCACCGUGCAUGGGCGAGGCCGACCGCUUCAGCCUGGAAGCGCUGCGGCACAUCCACAAACAGCUGGAUGACGACAAUGACGGGGGAAUAGAGGUCAACGAGAGUGUGGAGUUCAUAAUAGAAGACAUGAAGCAGCAGCAAACCAACAAACACAGCAACCUGCACCGCGAAGACCAGCACAUCACCGUGGAGGAGCUGUGGAAGGGCUGGAAGACCUCUGAAGUCCACAACUGGACCAUCGAGGACACGGUGCAGUGGCUGAAGGAGUCGGUGGAGCUGCCGCAGUACGAGAAGAACUUCCGGGACUUCCGGGUCACAGGGAACACCCUACCUCGAUUAGCGGCAAAUGAACCGUCGUUUAUGUCGAUGCAGCUGAAGAUAUUAGACCAGCGGCAUAAACAAAAGCUAAACCUAAAGGCACUAGAUGCGGUGCUGUUUGGGCCUCCUCUCCGUCCACAACAUAACUGGAUGAAAGACUUCGUCCUGAUGAUCUCCAUAGUGAUCGGUGUUGGGGGCUGCUGGUUUGCAUACGUGCAGAAUAAGUCCAGCAAGGUGCAUAUCUCUCAGAUGAUGAAGGAUCUGGAGAGCCUGCAACAUGCUGAGCAGAGCCUCUUAGACCUGCAGAGCCGACUGGAAAAGGCUCAGGAGGAGAACCGGACGGUGGCCGUGGAGAAGCAGAACCUGGAGCAGAAGAUGCGGGAUGAGAUCACCGGGGCCAAAACGGAGGCUCACAGGCUUCGAGAGCUGCGAGAGGGCGCUGAAUGCGAACUGAGCCGGCUCAAAUACGCAGAGGAGGAGCUAGUACAGGUGCGAAAGGCUCUGAAGCGAGCGGAGAAGGAGAUGCAGUCGGAGCGAUCGGUGCCCGAAGCUCUUCAGAAGUGGCUCCAGCUCACACAUGAGGUGGAGGUUCAGUACUACAACAUCAAGAAACAGAACGCAGAGUUUCAGCUGUGCGUCGCCAAAGACGAGGCAGAGAAAAUAAAAAAGAAGAGAGGUUCUGUGUUUGGAACACUUCAUGUAGCCCACAGUUCAUCGCUGGACGAGGUGGACCACAAGAUACUGGAAGCAAAGAAAGCUCUGUCGGAGGUAACGGCGUGCCUGAGGGAGCGGCUGCACCGCUGGCAGCAGAUCGAGAAGCUUUGCAACUUCCCCGUCGUCAAUAACUCGGGGCUGCCGAGCCUGACGGCCAGCCUCUACUCAGACCACAGCUGGGUGGUCAUGCCGCGAGUCUCGGUGCCUCCGUACCCCAUCGCAGGGGGUGUGGAUGACCUGGACGAGGACACGCCUCCCAUCAUUCCGCAGUUCACAACGACCACGCUGAUCCGGCCCUCGCUGACCCGCAGUAGCAGCCUGUGUCGUUCCCGCCGGAGCCUGCUGAGCUCUCCACAGUCCUCGCUGAUGUCCCCAGACCCCGACCUGCUGUCCAUGGCCAGCUCUUCCCUCUCCUAUCGCCCCGAGGCAGACGACGAACAUAUCAUGUUCAGCUCGGAUAGGAGGGGGUAUGUAGCGGUGGCCGGAACGCCGCGGAAUGGUUUUACAGUUUGGACUCACAGGGAGCCGGCGCAGGAGGGCAGCUCCGACACAGACUCCCUGAACUCCUCCUUGGGCCGCAAGCAGCUGCACAACCCCUGCACGCCGGGCUCGGACGCCCCGUACCGCAAGAUCUCCCGCGAGGAGCUGCUGCUGUUCGGCCAGAGCUCGGAGCUUCCCGCGUGCACCCCCGCCACCUCCACCACCCACACCACCAGCAGCAGCAGCAGCAGCAGUCUCAGGGACUCCACGCCCCCCCCUCUGCCUCCCACUCCGGCCGCCACCCCGUCCGGCCCGCCCUCCACCUCGCCUUCCCCGGCCUUGGAGCACCACCCGUUCGCACACAGAGGCUCACCUGACCUCACCCGCAUCAUACCCGAGUCCCAAAGCAUGACCUUCACACAGGGGAGCGUCACCUCUCCGACGGGCAAAGGCAUGUACAACGGCAUCCUGGAGAAGUCCUACAGCUUCGGCCAGCUGCCCGCAAGCAUGCUGCCCAACGUGGGGCGUUACCCGUCUCUUACCUCCCUGGACUCGGAGGGCCGGAGCGUGGGAAGGGAAUACAAGCUCCAGAGCACCUCCUCCCAGGACUCCAGCGACAAUGGAGAGAAAAUCAAGCGCUCCUCCUCUAAAAUCAAAAGCUUAUUUAAGAAGAAAAAAUAAAACUAGUGUGUGUGAGAGAGAGAGAAAUAAAAUAUGAAGAGUUGUUUUAGCCCUAAUACUAAAAAUAAAAAAAGAAAUGGACAUCACUGUAAGCUAAAACAUUUCAUUUUCUCUCAUGUUCUUCUUUUUGUCGUCACAGAUGGAAUGUAGCUCAGUCUGGGGGCCUUUAAACGCCUCAGACUGGUAGCCUUAUUUUUCAAUAAUGCCUUUUUAUUUAGUUCACUCAUAGCCUCACAGAGAAGCCUGCAAAGGUCAAGGAAAAGUCAAUGAAAGGUCAAAGGUCAUGAGUCAGCCAAAACACAUGACCUGCUCACUGUCUUCUGUUCGUUCUGGUUUGAGUUUGAGCCAAAAAGCCACUAUGUGUGAAGGGUCUGAAGGUGCAGUCCAUACAUGUAUUUAAAAGCACAACAAGUGCAGAAUGAUGCUGUCCCUGCCGAAACGAUUUCAAUCACGCUUUCAGUCGCGGCGGCAGCACACGAACAUCGCAGAUAUCUCCCAAACACGAUUUCGACAGCUUCCUCUCUGAAGAGCUACUUCUCCUCGUGCAAAUUAUGGAUUGCAUCUCGCAAAGUCUUUGAGUCCUAAAAUCGUGUACUUGAUUAAUUUCCUUUGGGGAAAAAACAAAAACAAAAAAAAAGAACCUGCUAAAAGUUUGUUGCACUACUGCUUUCCUGGUAUUUUGGGAAAGGGCCGCUGCUUGCGGAGUACAUAUUGAAUAAAGUUAUAGAGAUGAGAGAAAUUCAUGGGCAGCGGCCGUGGAGACGCAGCACAUAAUGCCAGAGCCAAAAUUAUCUGAUGUGUCUUCAAUGCCACGACUUAUGGAUGUCUCGAUAUAUAUAAAUAUAUAUAUAUAUAUAUACUUUGUUUUCACAUUAUUAUGUUCUUAUAGAUGUUUUUAAAUAGAUUUAUAUUGGUGGGGGUUCCUAUGAACUGAUCUUUACUGAAGGAAGUUUAUUGAAUAUGCAGAUUUAACCCGCACCAGUCAUUUUCCCUGUAAUCUAGCUGUCCCUUAUAACUUAAUUAACGGUGUCCUGUAGCCAUACUAACAUACCAGUUCCAUUUUUGUCUUAAGUACCUCGUCACCCUUGUAGAAUUUGGUGUCGCUACCAGAUUUUGGUCAAACUGCCAGUGCAAAUAAUUCUUCUUCCUUGCUGCAUUUAAAGAAACAUGAGUGGCAGGAGGUGAAGACAGUUGCGGGAACGUCCUUUUUUUGACAAUAAAAAAGUCGUUUCUGUAAUCAGCAGCUGUCUCUACUGCACUGUGAUGAUUCCAGGCUUUUUAAAGACAAACACUGAGGAUAAUCUGUCCAAAAACUGUUUGAUCCAGAUCUGAUGGACACACCAAAACCCUGCCCGCCCCCGCCCUCCUCACCACACACACUAAGCUCGAAGCCGACCCAUGCAAUACGGUCCUGUUCCUCACCUCUGGGCCCGCACCGAGCGCACUGAUGUCAAGAGCUCCUGCUUCACACUGUGAUUUCUGCCUUCUUCCCUCCAUCCUGGACCCGCCGUCACUGGUGAAACGUAAACGCGACGGGUCAUGUGACGACCGUGACAGAGGCGACGCAAUGAAAUGUCUGGGGGGGGGUUUGAUGCCGUGCGUCUUGGUGACAGGACGACACGAUGACGCGAGGAUCCACGUUUUUACAGAAAAAAUAAAGUAUAUUAUAUAUUUGGAAGGUUGUGACAACACAGCACACAAUGAAGGACAUAGAAGACGGAACUGCAAGACGAGGAGAAAAUGAAUGUUUACGAGACAUUAGGGGUUUUUUGAGAACAUUUUGUGUGUGAACAUUUGUAUACUGUAGAAGAAUUAAUAAAAAAA